GUUUAUUUUCUCCCUUUGCCUAUUUCAGGAUCCACACCACACCAAAUCGAAUUGCCUAUUUGUCCAUUUAUCUUUCUUGCUCGCUCGCUCAUGUCUCCUUGUCUUCCAAAAACCUUAACUCUCAGCAGGAUUAAGGUGCUAGAUCGAAGGCUAAUUCGAAGAAAACUGAUAUUGAAGAGUGCAACGGUUGGAAAAGAAAUUGCAAAGGAUCCAGAGAAGCCGAAGAGGAGACUAGUGCAAUUUGUUUUUGGGGACUCUGUUUUACUUGAUGAAAACAAAGCAAAACAGAGACAACUUUCAGGAAACAGGACAAAGACCAUCCUGAUAAACCAAUCAAUGGUUAAGUUAAUUUUGAUUAAGAGCAUUAGUGAGUGAUUAGCUUAUGAGUAAUUUGUAAGUUAUAAAAGUUAAACUUGAUU